UCCCCGCCAAUGGGGAGCAGCGGCGGCGAGCGGGCUGCCAAUGGGGAGCGGAGCCGCGCGCGCGGGGCGGUGGGAAAGGCGCCGAGUCAGUGUGUACGUCGGUUGCCGUAACAACGGUCCGCGGAGUCCAUCGGCAAUGGCCUCUAACUUUAAGAAGGCAAGCAUGGCAUCAUCUGCCCAACGAAAAAGGAUGAGUCCUAAGCCGGAGCUGACUGAAGAGCAGAAACAGGAAAUCCGGGAAGCUUUUGAUCUCUUUGAUGCUGAUGGAACUGGGACCAUAGACGUAAAGGAACUUAAGGUGGCAAUGAGGGCACUGGGCUUUGAACCCAAAAAAGAAGAGAUCAAAAAAAUGAUAAGUGAAAUCGAUAAGGAAGGGACAGGAAAAAUGAACUUUAGUGACUUCUUGACUGUGAUGACUCAGAAAAUGUCUGAGAAAGAUACCAAAGAAGAAAUUCUGAAAGCUUUCAAGCUCUUCGAUGAUGAUGAAACUGGGAAGAUAUCAUUCAAAAAUCUAAAGCGUGUGGCCAAGGAGUUGGGUGAGAACCUCACUGACGAGGAGCUACAGGAAAUGAUCGACGAAGCUGAUCGUGAUGGAGAUGGAGAAGUCAAUGAGCAGGAGUUCCUGCGCAUCAUGAAAAAGACCAGCCUUUACUGAGCUCAGUCUCUUGCUUUCCUGUUGUGUGAAACCUGGGUUCUGAGAACGUAAACUAUUUUCUCCUACUGACCUCCCUGUUUAACUUUAGUAACAAUCUUGAAUAUCUUUUAGGUAUUUGACAGUCUUCUUUGACAUUUCAGUUCUUUGUAAGGUGACCUGCUGAUUGCUUUAAUUCCCUGAAGCAAAACGAGAGCACACUAGGGUGGCAGAGGGGUCUUAAAGCUUUCACCCACCUGCAUUUCUUUCUUGUAUCACCUCACUAUUGUCAUACAUUUCCACGUGUAUACCACCACAGAACGACUUCUUAGACAAGCACAUGUUGUACCCAUGCCACCAGAAGCAGGGGGUGUUCCUUGAUGUUUCUAGUUCUAACUGACACCUGAGUGCAGUUUUCUCUUUUAUAUAACCCAGUGAAUUUACUCACUUGUAUUUGGAUGUGUGUUUGUGCUAUUUGUCUUAAAAAAUAAAGCCUUUCUUAUUUUAA